CACACGCAAGCCUCCGGGUGUUAUCUCUCGCGAAGAACAUUGAUUGCGGCCCAAUCGCUCGUUGGUGGAUGUCUGGACAGAAUUUCGACGUUGGAUAGCAGUAGCUAGUAGAACAACAAUGACAGGUUCGAGUGGUGACGAAAGACUUGGUGAUUUGGGUCAGUCGGAGGUACAGGCAUGCAUGGGGUAUCGAAGACAUCCUGUUCUGAUUGUUCUCUUUGUCAUCAUGACGUUGUGCACUGGUGGCGUCCUGCUUCUCAUUGCUUACUGGAAGCCUCACUGGCGGCUGGUGUUGACGUCACUAAAAUGUCGUUUAGUUGUAGCAGACGAAGUUCUCAUCAAGAGUAAUGAUGGCGAGUCGUUUGUGGAGAGUGUUAUGACAACAGGAAAGGAACAGGAGGAAGAAGAAAUUAUUGAAUUGGAGAGCUCAACGCAAGCUUUGUUGGUCAACGAGGACAAAACAAAGAGCACAUGCACCGUUUCGUUGCGUUAUUUCAUUCAUCGGCAUCAACGGUUUGUGUUUGACUGGAGCAAGAACGUGUUUGAGUUACAGACUGGACUCAAGAAUAUGACUUAUUCUGAUUUACACAACAACAGCCAAGGACUAAGUGACCAAGAAGUGAUUACAAGGACGGCUCUGUUCGGUCCGAAUGUGAUUGAUGUGAAAGUCAAGCCCAUCUGGCAGCUUCUAUAUGAAGAGGUGUUAGAUCCGUUUUACAUUUUUCAGUGGGCGUCCGUCAUCUUCUGGUGUUUCAACGAAUACAUAUACUACGCAAUGGCUAUUCUGUUUAUAUCAUUCGUAUCGAUGGGAAUCAGUUUGUAUCAGACGUGGAAGCAAUUGACGGAUCUUAGAAACAUGGUUGCCAUGUCUUCGACUGUAACAACGUUGAGGAAUAAUGUACCAGUUGAAAUUGGUUCACAUAAACUUCUGCCUGGAGAUGUAAUUGUUAUUCCACCAAAUGGAAUGCUCAUGCCAUGUGAUGCUGUACUGAUUAGCGGGACCUGCAUUGUGAAUGAAAGCAUGUUGACAGGUGAGAGCGUUCCUGUUACAAAGACAGAGUUGCCUGGCAAACCUACUGCAGCAUGUGAGAAAGAUGGCAUUGUGCAAGCUUCAGGCACAAUCUAUUAUCCUGAUCGUCAUAAGAGUCACACGUUGUUCUGUGGCACUAACGUUAUACAGAGUCGUUUCUAUCAGGGUGGGAAAGUGGUUGCCAUAGUCAUUCGAACUGGUUUCUCGACAGCCAAAGGUAGUCUGGUACGAGCGAUAAUGUUUCCAAAGAACAUUGGAUUUCAAUUUUUUCGUGACGCUCUUCGUUUCGUUGCAGUCCUUUGCGUGUUAGCUGCUGCCGGUUUCACCUACAGUCUUGUGGUAUCCAUACAAUUUCAUAAUGGCACAAAAGAAAUAAUAUUCCGAGCACUCGAUCUGAUCACAACCGUCGUGCCACCAGGACUUCCUGCUGCCAUGACAGUAGGUAUAGUAUAUGCUCUUCAACGGCUAAAAAAGCGUAACAUUUAUUGUAUCAGCCCUCCAAGAGUGAAUGUUAGUGGAAAGAUAAAACUGGUUUGUUUUGAUAAGACUGGCACGUUGACUGAAGAUGGAUUGGAUUUGUAUGGAGUUAUUCCGUGUUUAUACAGGCAAUUUCAGAAGAUGAUUCCCGAAGGCUCGGAUACACCUGAUGGUCAUCUCCUCUUCGCGAUGGCAACUUGUCACACUCUUACUUAUAUCGACGGCGAACUGGCUGGCGAUCCUAUAGACCUAAAAAUGUUUCAAGCAACAGGAUGGGUGAUCGAAGAGCAUGGCGAGGAAAGCACUCAUUAUCAGCGAAUGAUUGAGUGUGAGAUCAAGCCGAGGAAUGCCAUUCCUGUUACCGAAGAAAUGCUUGCUUCAAAUUGUGGAACGUUUCCAAGUGAGGCACUGUCUUUGGGUGUCAUCAAACGAUUUCCAUUCAGCUCCAACUUACAGCGAAUGAGCGUCAUCGUGAGCUCUCUACCGACACAGAAGUCAGCUAUUUAUGUGAAAGGAGCACCAGAGAUGAUCGUUUCUCUGUCUGACAAAAACACGGUACCCGAGAUGUUUCACGAUGAGCUCAAGAGUUUGACGGCUCGCGGAUAUCGAGUUCUUGCUCUGGCAUGGAAGCCACUCGAUGUACGGCCUCUACGAGCAGACAGACUGACAAGGAAAGACGUCGAAUGCGACCUCAGAUUCCUUGGCUUGCUCGUCAUGCAGAACAAGCUCAAACCCGAGACCAAGCCGGUCAUCAUGGAAUUAAAAUCGGCCGCUAUUCGUUGUGUGAUGGCGACCGGAGACAACAUUGAUACUGCAAUCAGUGUGGCUAGAGAGUGCAACUUGAUCAGUCCAGGACAAGACGUCGUGCUUGUCAGUGCUAGUAUGAACGAGUCUGAUGAUAACAGAAUGAUGGUCACGUAUCGUUCAGUGAUCAAUGACACGAAUGCUCUGAGUUCAAGCUUGGCAUCUGGAGCAAGCAACACGGAUUUGGCAUGGUAUCAGAAAACGUCGUUUAGACUCAGUCCCAGACAUGACGCUGUGUCUGACUUUGUGUUUGCCAUGACGGGGAGUUCGUUUAGUCUUAUUCGAUGUGAGGACUUGAAGCUGUUAAACAAGGUGGUUGUUCGUGGUAUCAUCUUUGCUCGAAUGUCGCCAGAACAAAAGCGAGACUUAGUGGAAAGUCUUCAGGAUUUGGGAUUUUGUGUUUGUAUGUGUGGUGAUGGUGCAAAUGAUUGUGGGGCAUUGAGGGCUGCAAAUGCUGGUAUUUCUCUCUCAGAAGCAGAAGCAUCCGUAGCAUCUCCGUUCACAUCGAAGACACCUAACAUCACUUGUGUUCCUUCUCUAAUCAAGGAGGGACGAGCAGCUCUUGAUACUUCAUUCUCUGUUUUCAAGUACAUGGCUUUGUACAGUAUGAUUGAAUUUGUCACUGUUCUAAUGCUGUACUCGAUCAACUCGAAUUUGGGAGAUUUUCAGUACUUGUAUGUUGAUUUAGUUGUUGUGCUGGUCAUUGCACUCGUCAUGGAACGUACCGAAGCGUACCCUCACUUGGCAAAACGACGUCCAUUCGGGAGGCUCGCCAGCUUCUAUGUUCUUUUCUCGAUCUUUUCCCAGAUCAUCGUUCAAGUGACAACACUAGUCAUAGCCUAUCAGUAUCUAAAGGGAGAGACCUGGUUUUCACCCCUGCUUGAGAAAGAGGACGAGGACAACAUUGUGUGCUAUGAGUCGACCGUUUUGUUUUGUAUGUGUUCGUUCCUUAUGAUCAAUGUGGCCGUGGCGUUUGCGACUGGUGCUCCGUAUAGACAACCGAUGUACACAAAUCAAUUGUUUCUUUGGUCGGUUGUGAUUCUUAUGUGUCUGACGACGUAUAUCACCGUGUGGCCGCCGGGUUUUCUUAUUAGUGUUUUACAGCUGAGAGUCCCACCUCCGUACCUCUUCCGUGUUGCUCUUGUGGAAAUGGUGGGAGUAUCAUUUAUGAUAUCAAUCAUCAUCGACCAUUUUAUGGUGAGAAGCGAAUGGUUGAAGCGAAUGUGGACGAAGGUGAGACGCAAGAAAGAACCAAAAAAUUUGUAUAAACAUGUAGAGCGAGAGAUUAGUGAAGAUCCUGAUUGGCCACCGUUGUCGUGACAAUAACAGACGGCAGGCAUCGUUGUGGCUUGCAAUUUGUUCUUGGAACCGUGCACAUGCACAUAGGAGAUUGAUGUUUAUUAUAUAAUUAUUGUUUUAGAAGUGCAGCUUGUGUAGUCACUCGA